GGUGGUAGCUCACCUCAAGGGAAAAAGAAAGGCUGGAGUUUUUUUCGAGGUAAUUUUGGCAAGAGGACUUGUCUUUAUCAACAUGGUGGGUAUGGACUUCAGCCUUCACACCUCCAGAAGGAUGAUGGAAACAUGGAGAUGAGGGGAGUGCAGAAGUACCAAGUCAGACACACACCCUAUACCAUACAACAAAACAAAAGGGCCGUGAAAUUGCGUAACAAAUGCUGUAGUGAUAUUACUGUGUGGAGAGGUAGAAAACCUCUGGAAAGAGAAAUGGAGAAGAACACACAAGAUGAAACCACAGGGAGAUGGUUCAAGAUCACAAUUCCCUAUGGAAGAAAGUAUGACAAGACAUGGCUGAUGGAUUCAAUCCAGAGUCAUUGCAGUGUUCCCUUCACUCCAGUGGAUUUUCACUAUGUGAAAAACAAGGCCCAGUUCUUUGUCCAGGAUGCUAGUGCUGUCUCUGCACUGAAGGACGUCAGCUACAAGAUUUGUGAUGAGGAGAACCGAAAGAUAGCUAUCUUUGCCAAUACUUCGGCUGUGCCCUACUCUGUGCAGGAUAAACUGGAGCCAGAAGAAAUGGAGCAGCUAAAGCUGACCAUGAGCAAACGAUAUGAUGUCUCCCAGAAAGCUCUUGACCUCCAGAGUCUCCGCUAUGACCCAGGUUUUGCAUAUCUUGAUAUUGAUAUAAUCCUGAAUCGGAGAAACUGCAUGGCUGCCACCUUGCAGAUCAUCGAAAAGAAUUUUCCUGAGCUGUUGUCCUUGAACUUGAGCAACAAUAGACUGUACCAGCUGGAUGGCCUGUCUGAUAUUACACAGAUGGCCCCCACAGUCAAGAUUCUGAACCUCUCAAAAAAUGAGCUGAAAUCCACCUGGGAGUUGGGAAAGAUCAAAGGCCUGAAGCUCAAAGAGCUGUGGCUGGAAGGGAACCCUUUGUGUGGCACCUUCAGAAACCAGUUCACCUACAUAAGUGUCAUCAGGAAAUGUUUCCCCAAGUUGUCACGCUUGGAUGGCCAGGAUUUAGUUCCACCGAUUACUGUUGACAUUGACAGACCCCACUUAAUAAAACCCGUCAAGGAAAGCUGUGAAGUAUUUGAUGUUCUGAAGACUCAAGUCCAGCAUUUCCUGCAGCAAUAUUACUUGAUCUAUGACUCUGGAGACAGACAGAGUCUCCUUGGUGCUUAUCACGAUGAGGCCUGCUUCUCCCUGACCAUUCCCUUCACUCCAGAUGAUCCAGCCCCAAGCAGCUUGUUUGAGUACUUCAAGGAUAAUAGGAAUAUGAAGAACCUCAAGGACCCCAACCUGCGUUUUCAGCUGCUGAAAUGUACAAAUCAUGACGUUGUGAGCUACCUGAGUAUAUUGCCCAGAACUCAGCAUGACCUCAAUUCCUUCGUGGUGGACAUGUGGUUUCAGUCGGAAAGGAUGCUCUGCUUCUCUGUCAACGGGAUGUUCAAGGAAGUGGAAGGAAGGUCUCAGGGUUCUGUGCGCGCCUUCACCCGGACCUUCAUCGCUACCCCUGGCAGCAAUUCCAGUAUGUUCAUUGUGAAUGAUGAGCUGUUUGUGAGGGACGCCACCUCCAGUGAGACUCAGAAGGCCUUCUCUGCCCCGGUGCCUUCACCCUCCUGCAACAUUGGGCCUAUCUUCUCCCAGGAGCAGCAGGAAAUGGUGCAGGUUUUCUCCAUCCAGUCUGGUAUGAAACCACAGUGGUCUCAGAAAUGCCUUCAGGACAAUGAGUGGAACUACACCAGAGCUGCUCAGGUUUUCACUACACUCAAGGCUGAGGGCAAGAUCCCAGAAGAGGCCUUCAAACAAAUCCCUUAA